AUGUUUUCGUGCAGUGUAUGCGAUAAAACCUUUACUAGAAUCUGUAGUCUACUCAGACAUUUCAACUCACACAAUGUUUCCAAUAAGAUUUCUUGCAAUAUUUGUUCACAAGUGUUCACGCGAAGAGAUAACUUCAUCAGACAUAGCAAAGAAAAACAUCGUUCAAAUAUUAUAAUCCAACAACAACCAACCAUAACCAAGCAAGGAAUUCAAGAUUUUUUGAAACCGACUGAACAAAUUUACGAUUAUAGUAGGAUUAAAUAG